AUGGACUCUACUCACCAUUGGCCUUCUUAUGCAGUCGCAUGCUUAGCCACCGUCGCUCUCAUUCUUCUCUCUCGCCGCCGACGCCGUUCCCGGAAUCUCAACUCCCCGCCGGGCCCCAAACCUUGGCCGAUUAUCGGAAAUCUCAACCUUAUAGGCUCCCUUCCUCACCGUUCCAUCCAUGAUCUCUCUCAAAAGUACGGAGAAAUUAUGCAAUUGAAGUUCGGUUCAUUCAACGUCGUCGUUGCUUCCUCUGUUGAGAUGGCGAAGGUCGUCCUCAAGACCAUGGAUGUCAACUUUGCUUGCCGUCCUAAGACCGCUGCCGGUAAAUACACCACCUAUAAUUACUCCGACAUCACAUGGUCUCCUUACGGACCGUAUUGGCGCCAAGCUCGUAAAAUGUGUCUCAUGGAGUUGUUCAGCGUGAAACGCCUCGAAUCGUACGAGUACAUCCGAGUUGAGGAGAUGAAAUCGCUGGUGAAAUCGAUUUUUGAUUCCGCCGGUGAGGAGAUUUUGUUGAAGGAUCUGUUGUCUACGGUGAGUUUGAACGUGAUUAGUCGGAUGGUUUUGGGGAAAAGGUAUUUGGACGAAUCGGAUGAGUCGAACUCGGUGGUGCGUCCAGAUGAGUUUAAGAAGAUGCUGGAUGAGUUGUUUCUGUUGAACGGCGUGUUUAACAUCGGAGAUUCAAUACCCUGGAUCGAUUUCAUGGAUUUACAGGGGUAUGUGAAGAGGAUGAAAGCGGUGAGCAAGAAAUUCGAUCGGUUUUUGGAGCAUGUGUUGGAUGAGCAUAACGAGCGGCGGAAGGCUGCCGGAGAGAACUUCGUAGCGACGGACAUGGUGGAUUUGCUGUUGCAGCUCGCUGAUGAUCCAAAUCUGGAUGUUAAGCUUGAGAGGCAUGGCGUCAAAGCUUUUACCCAGGACUUGCUUGCUGGCGGAACUGAAAGCUCUGCAGUUACUGUUGAAUGGGCGAUUGCUGAACUUUUGAAGAAACCUGAGAUAUUCCAAAAGGCGAUUGAAGAGCUUGAUCGUGUCAUUGGCAAGGAUAGAUGGGUCGAAGAGAAGGACAUGCGUAACCUACCUUAUGUUGAGGCAAUUGCUAAAGAGACGAUGAGGUUGCAUCCAGUGGCACCUAUGUUGGUCCCUAGAAGAGCUCGCGAGGAUUGUAAAGUAGCUGGUUACGACAUUACUGAAGGAACCCGGGUGCUUGUUAGUGUUUGGACAAUCGGAAGAGACCCUCAAUUAUGGGAUAAACCUGAAGAAUUUUGUCCGGAAAGAUUCAUCGGAAAGGAAAUUGAUGUCAAGGGUCAUGACUUUGAGUUGUUGCCAUUUGGUGCUGGACGAAGGAUGUGUCCAGGGUACAGUCUCGGACUGAAAGUGAUCGAAGCAAGUUUGGCAAAUUUGCUCCAUGGGUUUAUGUGGAAACUGCCAAGCACAAUGACUAAGGAUGAUCUGAACAUGGAAGAAAUAUUUGGCUUGUCCACCCCAAAAAAGAUUCCACUUCUCACCGUAGCUCAACCAAGGCUUCCACUUGAAAUGUACCGUUUUUAGUUGGUUUAUAUACCGACUUAUAUGAUAUGUUUUGUAUCGUAUGUGAGUAUAGAAUAUGAAAUAAAGUUUUGAUG